AUGAGAUUCGCGAUAAUCGGAUUCUUAGUGCUGGUGAUGGGCGCCGCCGUCAAGGCGCACAUACAUUUCAUAAGACUGGCUCUGCUGGCGGCCAUGGGACUGGCUGGCAUGUGGAUGAUGCACAAGCUCGCACAAGACUGGCACAAGAUUUCAUCCAGCAGGCCCGCCAAGCCAGCAGCCAUGGCUGGAAAGCUUUUGGGGCUCUGGAAGAGAUCCUUACCCGACGAGCACGUUGACGCGUAUGUCGAAGAGUCACUGACCGAUUUCUACAAAUUUGACGAAAUUCUCAGACAAGACAGGUCUACUUGUGCGAGGAAAAUGAUAUGUCAAAUCGCGGCUACGCCUGAAAAUCAGCUCAACCAAGUGGAGAAAAAUCUGCUCAAACUGCUCAGCCCCACCGAACACUUUGGCGAAAAUGUGGCAAAGAACAUAUUCCGAAAGGCCAUGGACCUGGGACGGAGCAAAAAGGACGUGAAGGCGUGUCAUGCAGAGUAUAAAAAAUGCAGAUUCAACACAAGACAAAUGUUUAAAUUAUUCACUUCAUUCAUGUGA